UUCCCUCAUUGCCUUGGGACUCAAGACGCCCAAAAUAUAGCAGCAUAUUCCUUUUGGUGUUCUUAAGUACCUCUUUACUUCAUUUGUUUCCAAGGUAGAAGAAACUUGGAGGGAGACUUUGAGAAGGGAUGGGAGGAAAUCGGACGGUGGGCAUCGGCAUGGACUACUCGGCAUCGAGCAAAGUGGCGGUCCGGUGGGCCGUCGAUAACUUGGUGGACGGCGGCGAUCGCAUCGUGUUGAUCCAUGUGCAGUCCGGCAAGUCUGAUCAUGCGCAGAAGAAGCUGUGGGAGGACACAGGAUCACCCUUGAUUCCUCUUGAGGAGUUCAGAGAGAUGAACUUAUCAAAGCAAUAUGGGAUCAAUCCGGAUAGGGAGGUGUUGGAUAUCCUGGACACUGCAUCCAAGACUAAGCAGGUGAAAGUGGUCUCCAAGAUUUAUUGGGGUGAUCCAAGGGAGAAGCUCUGUGAUGCAGUGGAGGAUCUAAAACUAGACUCACUUGUAGUUGGAAGCAGGGGCUUAGGAAGCUUUAAAAGGCUGUUGCUUGGAAGUGUGAGCAGCUAUGUGGUGUCCAAUGCCACUUGCCCUGUCACAGUUGUGAAGGGAACACCCAUGCCCAAGGCCUAGGAAGGGAUUUGCUCAGAAGACUUGAAUAAUACUAUAAUCAUAUUACCUUGGUCAUCCAAACAAUAGUACUUUAUAUUAUGGAUUGGUGACUUUUAUUGACUUGUUCAUGUUUUGUGUUUAUCAGACUUAUAUAUAUUAGGCAUGUUUAGUUGUUACUUUAUGGUAAGUUCCAUUUUGGUUAUCCUUUUAUGUCUAUUUUAUCACCUUAUUGAAGUGGCUGGCUCUGUUAUUGAAGAUGAAUUAACUGUGUAUGAUGGAUAUAAUGUUUUCUUUUCUUUUUGUUU